UGUCACUUUGCAUGUCAGCUGCAGUACUGGAGACUUUACCUGCUGUCACUGGUGCUGGGAAUUGAGGGAUGUUUUCAAUAUGGCAUCCAAUUGUCUCUCGUCGCUUCUCCGGAAGUGCACAUUCAGAGUUUUGUGAACUACACAUGGAUGGUGAGGUACAAAACUCCAAUCGACAAAUCUACCAACCAGCUCAUCUGGUCCUUCUUCGUGGCUGUUUUAAGUGUGGGAUGCUGGGCUGGGGCUGUUCACAGUGGAAGCCUUCCUGUCACCUAUGGCCGAUUAAAUCCAAGAUUAUUCUUUGAACUGUCAGGCACCUCACAGCUCAUGGUCUUCAGUCGCACAGCAAAGUCUUUUGAGAUGAUCUUGCUGGGAAGAUUUCUCUAUGGAUAUAAUAAUGGUCUCGGUCUGUGCGUACACCUCAUGUAUCUCUGUGAGAGCUCUCCACAGAAACUCAGGGGUUUCUUGACUCUGACGAGCUCAAUCUUCAUUGGCUUGGGGAAAGUCGUGGGUCAGAUAAUUGGCAUCAAUGAAACUCUGUGUCAAUUAAACCUCAGUAAAGAUCUAUUCAUUGGCAGACUGAUGGAACAGACUUUGGAUGUAAUCCUUGUGGUAUUUCUGUGUCCAACAGCUUUACAGUGGCUGUGGCAGGAGGACAACUUAAAGAUGGAGUUGGACGACAUGCAGCUGGAGCGGGAGAGGUCUCAGGGAGAAAAGGCAAAGACUGUAAAGGAUCUGCUCACCUCUCGCUGUGUGCGAUGGCAACUGCUGACUCUAGCCAUCCCUUGUGCUCGCCUUCAGUUUUGCGGCAUCAAUGCUCUGUGCUUCUACGCCUUUGACAUCUUCCGUGAGUCUGGAGUGCCAGAGGACAAGAUGCAUUACUUGGCCAUUGAUAUUGGAGCAACAGAGCUCAUCGCUAUAACGUUGUGUUCCUUCUUGAUCGAUCGUGCUGGCAGAAAGAAACUUAUGGGCUAUGGCUAUCUACUGAUGGGUAUCACCAUGUGUGUUCUUACCGUCAUGUUGUCAAUCAAGGUAAAUACAUUCAGCACAUUUCCUCUUCUUCUGUUGUAUGUUAGAGGAUUCAUUCCAUCAAUCCAACUUUUACAGGAUCUGAAUUCAUGGAUCCCGUAUGUGAACAUCACUCUGAUCUUUUGUGUCAUUUGCAUUUAUGGGCUUGGGCCUUCUGGAGUGUCUAUGGUUCUCCUUGCUGACCUCUUCCUACAAGUCUGGCGUCCUUCUGCUUACGUGGUUUGUGGGACCAUCAACUGGCUCUGCAUGUUUGUUAUAGGGUUGCUGUUUGGCUAUAUUGUGGAUGGACUUGGACAAUUCUGCUUCCUGUUUUUAAUGGCUUACUCACUUGGUAGUGGAGCAUUUAUUAUAUAUUUUGUCCCAGAGACCAAAGGAAAGACAAUGGUAGAGAUCAUGGAGGACUUCAACAAACUGAAUUACAAGAACAGGACAGGUGAUAUUGAAAACACUGAUGUUGGUCUUGAAACUAAAUUUUAACUUUUUUUUCCUCAUGUAAGUCACCUGUAAGUUUCCUUUAUGCAACCAAGUGCAGUUAUUGCUUUUAGCAAAAUUCUGAUAAUUACAUACGCAAAGGGCUGAUGUUACAUUUGUAAAUAUGUACAAUUAAAAAUAAAACACAUCUUUGAUCCUGGUCUCUGCUUUUAUAGUUAUUCACAUAAAACAUCA